AUGUCUUCCGAUAGUAAAUUCCAGCUGCCCCCUGGCGACUAUGCCAUUGUCAACCGUGUGAAUGCCUCUGAUGGAAAGCGGCUAGCUUUGACCUUUAAUGGCGACGGCAAGAACGUGACUGUCACCCCAUUCGAUUCUUCGUCGUGGACUAUUGAAAACUACAAGUACGAUGAAGUUCGUGCUACAAGCUUGCAGCACGUCAAGCCCAAGAGCAACACAAAGCUCGAAGCUUCACUGGGCCCAGCUGUCAAUGUCCGCCCCGUUGGAAACUACGUCUUUGGUAUUACUCAAGACGGCUCCGGGUGGAGCAUCAAAGACGGAGACAAGAAGACCUCGUGGAGCAUUCACGUCGCCGCAUCGGGCUCCGAGGUAGUUCCUCUUUCGGAGUCUACAGGCGAGAAACAGCGCUGGGUCAUCGUCAAGGCUGGCACAUCCCUCGGUUGA